GUUCAUGAACCACCGGGCCCCCGCCAAUGGCCGCUACAAGCCAACUUGUUACGAACAUGCUGCUAAUUGUUACACACAUGCGAAACAAAGCAUGUUCAUUUUAAGAAAAAUGGAAAAUACCGAGAAAUACAUAAGAAAAGCAAAACUACCUAGAAAGUAAAGUUGCUCAGUCAUGUCUGACUCUUUGAGACCCCAUGGACUGUAGCCCGCCAGGCUCCUCCAUCCAUGGAAUUUUCCAGUUCCUCAUUGUUCCGGCCAUUGUGGGCAGUGCUCUCCUUCACCGGCUCUCUGAUGACUGCUGGGAAAAGAUAACAGCUUGGAUUUAUGGAAUGGGCCUCUGCGCCCUCUUCAUCGUUUCCACAGUAUUCCACAUCAUAGCAUGGAAAAAGAGCCACUUAAGGACGGUGGAGCAUUGCUUUCACAUGUGCGACAGGAUGGUCAUCUAUUUCUUCAUUGCUGCGUCCUACGCGCCAUGGUUAAAUCUCCGUGAACUUGGACCCCUGGCAUCUCAUAUGCGUUGGUUUAUCUGGCUCAUGGCAGCUGGAGGAACCAUUUAUGUAUUUCUCUACCAUGAAAAGUAUAAGGUGAUUGAGCUCUUUUUCUAUCUCACAAUGGGCUUUUCUCCUGCCUUGGUGGUAACAUCAAUGAACAACACGGAUGGACUUCAUGAACUUGCCUGCGGGGGCUUAAUUUAUUGCCUGGGAGUUGUGUUCUUCAAGAGCGAUGGCAUCAUUCCAUUUGCCCAUGCCAUCUGGCACCUGUUCGUGGCCACGGCAGCUGCAGUGCAUUACUAUGCCAUUUGGAAAUACCUUUACCGAAGUCCUACAGACUUUAUGCGACAUUUAUGAUCAAUCUGUACUAGGUCUCCAAACCAGUAUUAUUUCAAUUAUGGCACUUAGGAGUGGGAUAAGAGCUGAAAAUUGCACAGAGGAAGAAAAAAAGAAGACAACUGCACUGACUUUCUUUAUAUCUUUUGAAUAUAAUUACUGUGAAAGUAUGAAAGCUGUGUUCUGGAGUUUUCCCCCUCACAGCAAGUAAAUAAGGUAGUGAAUUAACUAUUCAUUCCAUUCCACUAUCAUGAAGGACUCUGGAGAGACUUGGCCAACUGAUGUUUACAAACCAGAAUUUUGUAUUUUAAUUUUACAGAUUUUACUACAUGAUUUUUCUAAAUUACUAGGUCAGAUUGUAAAAGUCAGUGCAAUAACGAAACUUCUUUUUAAGAGAAAAUUAUUUCUAUCACUUUCCCAUUAGCUGUUAAAGAAUCAUGAACAGAACUUACACUACUUUUUACCAUAUUUCAUCUUGGCAUACGUGGUUAUUUUUAAAUAGAAACUUCAGUUUUUUGUAAAUUUUUAAAAAAUACUUCAUUGAAGCGCAUCUCUGCGGUUCUUCAUUCAUGUGAAUUUUUGCAGCAAUCUGUCAACAUUCCACAAAUGAACAAACAUUAUACCUCUUCUCUGAUAGUUUUAUUAAGCAUGGAGAAAUUGCCAAUUUUUAAAAACUGCAAGUUUUCCAAAACUUUCCUGCCAACCUCUGACUCUGAAUUCUGUGCUGCUUUGGGCCACGUAUUUGACCUAGUUUGGUUUCCCAGCAAUAGAAAAGUAUUUUGAUAUCACUAACUUUUUCAAAAGAUUGAACUUUUUCUCUGUGUCUUUGCCAUGUCUCCUUCAGGGUCUUUUCCCACAGAAGAUGAGUAUCUAGUCUGUAUUAAGAGAGGAUUGCUGGCUGGGCCAUCCACUGAACACUCCUGAAGAGCGUUAUGAAUUACAGUGAAUAGUGGUCAUGCCUGUCUGGUGCCCAGUGGUUAAGUUAUUGUCACUUAGCUUUAUAUUACCAGUUUGAUAGUCAUUUUAAGUUGUGGAGCCAAAUGCAUAAAUUCACAUUUCUACUUUUCCUUUGCAUCUCCUGAUACACUUUUUUCAUAGAAAAGUAUUUAAAGCACUGUUUGGCAAACUCAUGUAUCUCUUGUCCAUCAGUUAUAUCCUGGCUCAGUGGAGUGAUAUUUAAUAUAUUGUUUUUGCUUUUCCUUCAAUGUCUUAUAUUAAGAUUAACAUAAUAGUUGCUUUUUGGUUAAUCUGCUGUUGGUGUUUUAAUAAAUAGCCUUGCAUUUAGAUCUGGUGCUGAUAUUGCCUGUUUCCUGGUGAUGGAUUUGAUCACUGGAAUUGUUAGUUUGACAGUAUAUUGAAUUCAGUUCAUUGAAAUUUUGUACUGAUGUAGCCUUAAAGGAGGGUUUAUUUUGCGUGUGUGUGUGUAUGUUUAGAACUCUGACUUUGAUAAAUUAUAUGGGAAUGAAGAACAGAAGAACUGCCUUUUGCUGGUGAAUUCUUAAAUAGGCAAAAGUGAAAGUGAUAGUCGCUCAGUCAUGUCCAAGUCUUUGCAACCCCAAAUAGGCAAGGUACCCAGUGAAAACACCAACCAAACCAUCCCUUCUGCAUGAUUCUGAACAUCUGGAUGCCUCUUGUUUUGUUGUGUAUAUUUAAUUUUAAGUGUAUUAACUUUUGUGGAUUCAUUUGAAGUCUGCUCAAAAGUACCACUGUCAAAACCACUAAAAUGUAUGUAAAAAAAUUGUGCUGUAAACUAAAAUAAAAUUGUUACUUGGACUUGU